AAAUUCCACUUGAAACAGCUCAGAGUUUUUUUGCCCAUUUGGCCAUUUGGCCAUUUCCCAACUCCCUUCACGCGUUUGGCCACGUUGAGAGAUGUUCGCAAGUGAAAUCUGGGAGCCAAUUCUCCGCGCGCUAGAUCUGGUUCUCCCUUCUCAGCGGUGCGAGCACUUCUUCGUUACUCCAUGGAUCGACUGGCUCCGGCUGCCAAGAAGAUCGCCGAUAAGCUUGCAAAAGAUUUCCAGUCAGUUCUUAAAGAAUUUCAGAAGGUUCAAAGGCUUGCAGCUGAGAGGGAAACAACGUAUGCUCCUUUUGUUCCCAAUGAAGUUCUUCCAUCCAGUUUUGACGCCCAUGAGCUGGAGAUAAGUUCAUCUAGGACUCCUGACCAGCAAGCUCUUCUUCUGGAAUCUAAAAGACUAGAGAUCGCGCUGUCGGAUGUGCAGGUUCAUGAUCAAGGUGCAACGAUUGAUGACAUUAAUUCUAACAUUGAAAGCUCCCAUGCUGCAACUUCGGAAGCUGAUUCACAACUUGUGAAAGCUUCCAAUAUCCAAAAAUCUGGUUCAUCUCUGACGUGUUUGCUGUUUUUGAUCUUCGGAAUCGUUCUGCUCAUUGUCAUCAUAGUCAUUUUCGCUUGAGCAACAAAUCAAUUGUCUUGAUUCAAGUUCAAUUUUCAGGCAUGGCCUCCUAGUGGUAUUCCUUAAAGUGGUCCUUACCAACUUGUGCUGCUCUUAUCAACUCUAAUUACACAGCAUAUAAGGUAGUUGACACCUUCUCAAUACUAUAGUCUAAACAGAAGACCAAUUAUGUACAGACCAAUUAUUUGGAGCUUAUAUCCUCUUUACAUGGCUCUAUUUUAUUGCAAACCAUGUAAAGUAAAUGAUUACCCUGUUAUACUUAUCAAAAAAAAAGAAAAGAAAAAAGUAAAUGAUUAUUACCCUGUUAUUACUAAUAAAAGUUGGAAUUUCUUCCA